AUGCCAAAAGAAUCAGCCAAAAGACGAGUUGAAUUCGAGCCCUCCCCGGCCAAGAAAGAAGAAGAAGAAAGUUCCGCCGCCGUUGAAUUCGAAAUCGAGUGGAAUAUUGCAGCAGAAGAUCUCGUCGUCUUCCACGACAUGGGAACUCAAACUUCGCCGAAAAUUUCGCCCAAAAAGUCGACAAACGAAGGCGGAGGAAAAAACGCAAAAUGGAAGAAGAAAAAUCAACGAAGAGAAAAACCAAGCGGCAGAAAAAUGAUGAUGAUGAAAUCGAAGACUGGCGAAAGGAACUUUUACAGCGCUACGAAGCUGGAGAAGUUAAUAACAUUUUAA